AGUUGUGGGGUCCACAUGUCAUCCUCUCACUGCUGCUGCUGCUCCUGCUCGCAGGUGUCGCCCAAGGCCAGCAGGCGCCGGUCUCGCCGCCGGCGCUGGCGCCUGCGCCGCAGCUCCGAGACAUCGAGGAGCAGCUCACUGACCUAACCAAGCACGUCGCCAGCAUCAUCUCCGACCGCUUCGGAUUCUGCAUCGCGGACCCGGUGGAGGAUUGGAACGAGGCGUUCAAUUACUCAUCUAACCUCGGCUUCCUGCAGCAGUGCCUCAUUGAAACCAGAGGUGAUCUGGUUGGUCGUCUAUGCGCACCAGCAGAAGUUAAAUUCUACUUCUCAUGCCUCCAUGAUCAGAGAGGCGAGAACAAUAUCUUCCUGAAGACUACCACAAACUGCAACCAUUCCUCUUGGGUACAGGGAUGCGAGCCAGGAUGGGCUUGCUCCAUUGGUCCUGAUCUUUUACUCAGCAACAUUACUAGCAGCACAAUUCCACCAAGAAGUAUCAACUGCCAACAAUGUUGUGAGGGUUUCUUCUGCCCCCGUGGUCUUACAUGCAUGCUGCCUUGUCCUCUGGGCUCAUACUGUCCACAUGCCAAAGUGAACAUAACCACUGGUCUUUGUGAUCCAACUCUAUACAGGUACAAGUACCAGUUCAUUCCAAACUCAACAAAUGUCUGCGGUGGUGCUGACAUGUGGGCUGAUUAUGAGAGUACCGAAGCUGUGUUCUGUCCAGAAGGUUAUUACUGUCCGAGUACAACAUCGAAAAUUUCUUGUAGCAGUGGUCUUUGGUUCCUCUUCAGGCACUACUGCAGAUUGGGUUCAACCACUGAAGAUAAAUGCAUCAUAAAGGACUCCUGCAAAGCAAACACAAAAAACGAGAGCAUAUUUGUGCUUGGUGCUGGUUUGGUGGGUGCAUUGAGCAUGGUACUUCUGAUCAUAUACAACUGCUCAGUUCAGUUCCUCACUAUCCGUGAACGGAGAAAAACAAGAUCAAGGGAGAAAGCCAUUCAGAUGGCUAGGCAGGAGAUCGAAGAACAGAACCACUGGAAGGUGGCAGAACAUCUAUUGAGGAGUCAUGUAAAUGGAAUGCAGGGUCAUCUUCCUCACGCGUUAAGGUCCUUUGUUCAGCAUACAGAUACAGAGAACUAUGCCCAUAGAGUGCAGGAGACACCAAAAGUUCUGCUCAAGGCACAGGAACUAUCAGAAGCUGCGGUGUUUGAGAGUGAAGGCACAAAUGAGAUAUCUGAAACUCCUUCAGUUGAGGUAAAUUCUAGUGGAGAUGGAGAAAUUUUUGUUUCCAAGGACAAAGGUGCACAAAAAGGCAUCCACCAAUUAACACGCUCAAAAAGAUUCAAGUAUGCAUAUGUAAGAAUUGAGAAAGAGAAGGUCGAGCAGCAGGAAAACAAGAACCUAACUAGGCCUUUGCUCAAAGUUGAGUUCAAAGACCUGACCCUGACACUAGGGAAAAAGAAGCUAUUGAGAUCUAUCACAGGGGAGCUCCGACCUGGCCAUGUCACUGCUGUCAUGGGUCCCUCUGGUGCUGGCAAGACCACAUUCCUGAAUGCCAUUGCUGGGAAGGUAACCGGCUAUAAGAUCAAUGGUUUGGUCCUUGUUAAUGGAAUGAAAGAAAAAAUCCGAUCUUAUAAGAAGAUCAUUGGCUUUGUGCCACAAGAUGAUAUUGUCCAUGGAAAGGAAAAUCUUUGGUUCAGUGCGAAGUGCAGGCUAUCCACACAAAUGCCACAACACGAUAAGGUUCUCAUUGUAGAAAGAGUCAUAGAUUCCCUGGGCCUCCAGACAAUUAGAAAUUCAUUGGUUGGAACAGUUGAGAAGCGUGGGAUAUCUGGGGGUCAGAGAAAGCGUGAGAUGGUCAUUAAGCCGUCCCUUCUUAUAUUAGAUGAGCCAACCUCUGGCCUAGACAGUUCCUCAUCGCUACUGCUCCUCGAAGCUCUUUGCCGUGAGGCUCUUGAAGGCACGAACAUUUGCGCUGUUAUUCACCAACCGAGCUAUACAUUGUACAAUAUGUUUGAUGAUUUGAUACUUUUGGCAAAAGGAGGCCUAAUAGUUUACAAUGGUCCUGUCAAGACAGUUGAGGAGUACUUCACUACUAUUGGGAUCCAUGUUCCUGGUUUUGUAAACCCGCCGGACCACUACAUUGAUAUUCUUGAGGGCAUUGUGGAGCCUUAUUCAGGCUUCAAAGAGACGCAUCUGCCCCUGCACUGGAUGCUGUACAAUGGUUAUGAGGUGCCAGAUGACAUGAAAGAUGAUCUUGAAGCAAUGCACACCAAGCACAAUACAUCAUUGUGUGGAUUAACGCCCAAUGAUAUUCCCAACCUCAGAAACACUCACAUAGAAAAACUAGACCACCUACAACAUGACUUAUCAAGAUCGAAGAAUCUGUUGAGCAGGAGAGCACCAGGGAUUCUGAUGCAAUACAUGUACUACCUGGGAAGGGUCACAAAACAGCGGUUGCGCGAAGCUGGCCUUCUCGCGGUAGAUUUCCUUAUAUUAUGCUUGGCUGGGAUAUGCCUUGGGACAAUUGCAAAGUUCAGCGACCCAACAUUUGGGGUGCCUGGCUACAUUUACACCAUAAUUGCAGUUUCUCUUUUGUGCAAAAUUGCAGCAUUGAGGUCAUUUUCUCUGGAAUGGUUGCAAUACAAGCGGGAGAGAGAAUCUGGUAUGAGCUCUUUAGCAUAUUUUCUUGCCAAGGACACAAUCGAUCAUCUUAGCACAGUUGUGAAGCCAAUUGUUUACCUAUCCAUGUUCUACUACUUCAAUAACCCAAGGUCAACAAUAGCUGACAACUACAUAGUGCUGCUAGCACUUGUGUACUCUGUCACCGGGAUGGGUUACACUUUUGCCAUCUGCUUCAACCCUGGCUCAGCGCAGCUGUGUUCUGCGAUUCUACCAGUUAUCCUGUCCUUGUUGUCGACUCACUCAACCACUCCACUGUUACUCAAAAACUUGUGCUACACAAAAUGGGCACUUGAAGGCUUCGUCAUUGUAAAUGCCAGAAGGUACCCGGGAGUGUGGCUAAUAACUCGUUGUGGUUUAUUGUUCAAAAAUCACUUUGAUAUCCAUCACUUCAAGCUCUGUAUUUUGGUUCUGUUUAUGCAUGGUAUGUUUUUUCGGGUCGUAGCAUUUGUGGCCAUGAUUGUAUUGAAUAAGAAGUGAGUGAAUUCAGAUUGCACAGUUUUUUUAUCAUCAAAUAGUUUUUAAAAAUAAUUUGUGAUGUCCAUUGUCAUCUGAAAAAAUUUAAAUUUAGAACUCCUGGAGAAAUAAAAAGGACAAAUCUCAUUAAGGAGUAAA